AUGCAACUCAGCCGUCAAGCUUUGCAGCACCACAGUAUUAUCCCCAGCAGUAUAUGGUGCCACCACAACAGCACCCCCAUCAGUUCUGCCAGCCCCGUCCCUCACGAGCCAGACAAUGAUUCCAUUGCCAGCACCGCAAAGCAGAAGAACCUUGCACCCAUUGUUACCACUGUGGCAGCAGCGAGCACUUCUCAGCUGGCUGUGAGUUAUUUUGCAUCCUGCGCUUGUCUCAGUGACAGUCGCAGAUUUCAUUCUUUCCUGCGCACUGUUCCCAGUGAUGCCUUCCAGGCCAAGGCCAUGGCCCGUCUGCUGCACCUGCUGGACUGGACCUGGGUGGGGGUGAUCGCAGGGGAUGAUGAAUAUGGUAAAAGUGGCUCGCAGCUGCUCUUGAAAGAGCUCGAAGGUACAGGGGUGUGUGUGGACUAUGUAGAAGUCAUUCCCAAAUCCCAUUCCCAGAGCAGGAUCAGGCGGAUUAUAGAGAGGAUCCAGAGUUCCACAGCUCGUGUGGUGGUGACCUUUGCCAUCGGCCCAGACCUUGAAGUUUUGUUCAAAGAAGUGGUGGUGCAGAAUGUGACCAACAGGCAGUGGAUAGCCACAGAGGCCUGGAGCACCUCCACUCAGUACUCCGACCCAGCAACCAUUCCUUUUCUUGCCGGUACCAUCGGCUUUGCCCUGCGCCGAGCUGAUAUUCAGGGUCUUGGUGCUUAUCUUGCCCAGCUGAGCCCUGUGAAGCAGCCAAAUGAACCGUUCGUAAAAGAUGUAUGGGAAGAAAUAUUUGGUUGCUCACUGGCACAGGACUGGCAGCCUUCUAACAGACCAAAGUGCACAGGCUCAGAGAAUGUGGAGAAACAUGGACGCAUCUACACAGAUGUUUCACAACUGAGAGUCACUUACAACGUGUAUAAGGCUGUGUAUGCUAUUGCCAAUGCUAUUCACAACAUGAUGGCCUGUCAGCCUGGUACAGGGCCUUUUAAGGAUGGAGAAUGCUCUGAUGUGACCAGAAUAAAGCCCAGACAGCUUCUGCACUACUUAAAUGCAGUAAACUUCACAACACCAGUGGGUGAGCUGGUUUAUUUUGAAGAUAACGGUGAGCCAUCUGCCUCUUAUGACAUUAUGAACUGGCAUGUAGAUGAAAGCGGAGAAGUGCAUUUCGUCCAGGUUGGACAGUUUGAUGCAGCCAAAGGACCAGGCCAGGAGCUGAACAUAAACCUUGAGAAAGUGGUUUGGGGUGGGGGCUGGGCUGAGCAGGUAAAAGUCCUGUGAC